AUGUACUUAUUUGUCACGGUCGGGUCGCAUAAAUUCGAUGAGCUGAUCGAAUAUAUGGACAAGGAAGAGUUUCACCAUUUUUUAAAAAAAUUAGGCUUCGCACAGAUGACCAUGCAAAUUGGGAGUAGCUCUUAUAUACCAAAAUUAAUAUAUAAGAACAACAAGAACAACAACAUCAAUAGCAACAACAAAAAGGAGGAGGACGACGACAAUGGAUAUAAUUUAUUGAAAAAAGUAAAGUAUUUUACUUACCAGAAUGAUCUUAAUAAAUUUUAUGAUAAAGCAGAUUUAAUUGUAAGUCAUGGAGGAGCUGGGACAACAUUCGAAUGCUUAAGAAAAAAUAAAAAAAUUUUACUUGUUGUUAAUAAAAAGUUAAUGAAUAACCAUCAAAUGGAAUUUGCUCAUUUUAUGGGCACGUCUAAUUACGUUGAAAUAUGUAUAUCUUUAGAAACGUUAAUGGAAAACAUUUACACAUGCUUAAAAAAGAAAUCAUAUAGUGUUUUCCCAAAACCAAAUAAUACUGAAAGUUUCUUGCGCGAUUUGCAAAAAUUAAUGCACGGGAGGUGA